AUGAGAAGACACUCCUGGAGGAGUCGGCAGAGAAGGCAGACCAAGGAGUUCAUCUUCCCGGAGCUGCUGUCCAACCUGUUCUCGGGUGGGAAUGAGAAGACACACCUGGAGGAGUCGGCAGAGCAGGCAGACCAAGGGUUUCACCUUCUCAGAGCUGCUAUCCAACCUGCACUUGCGUGGGAACGAGAAGACACUCCUGGAGGAGUCAGCAGAGCAGGCAGACCAAGGAUUUCAUCUUCUCGGAGCUGCUGUCCAACCUGUACUCGCGUGGGAAUGAGAAGACACUCCUGGAGGGGUCGGCAGAGCAGGCUGACCAAGGAGUUCAUCUUCUCGGAGCUGCUGUCCAAACUGUACUCGCGUGGGAACGAGAAGACACUCCUGGAGGAGUCGACAGAGCAGGCGGACCAAGGAGUUCAUCUUCUCGGAGCUGCUGUCCAACCUGUACUCGCAUGGGAACGAGCAGAAACUCCUGGAGGAGUCAGCAGAGCAGGCAGACCAAGGAGUUCAUCUUCUCGGAGCUCCUGUCCAACCUACCUGCUGUCCAACCUGCACUCGCGUGUGAACCAGAAGACACUCGUGGAGGAGUCGGCAGAGCAGGCAGACCAAGGAGUUCAUCUUCUCAGCGCUGCUGUCCAACCUGUACUCACGUGGGAACGAGCAGACACUCCAGGAGGAGUCGGCAGAGCAGGCAGUCAAAGGAAUUCAUCUUCUCGGAGCUGCAGUCCAACCUGUACUCGCGUGGAAAUGAGAAGACACUCCUGGAGGAGUCGGCAGAGCAGGCACAGUGACGCGACGAGAUGCUGCUUCUCAGAGCUGCUGUCCAACCUACACUCCUGGAGGAGUCGGCAGAGCAGGGAGACCAAGGAGUUCAUCUUCUCGGAGCUGCUGUCCAACCUGUACACGCGUGGGAACGAGAAGACACUCCUUAGCAGGCAGACCAAGGAGUUCAUCUUCUCGGAGCUGCUGUCCAACCUGUACUCGCGUGGGAACCAGAAGACACUCCUGGAGGAGUCGGCAGAGCAGGCAGACCAAGGAGUUCAUCUUCUGAGAGCUGCUGUCCAACCUGCACUCGCGUGGGAACCAGAAGACACUCGUGCAGGAGUCGGCAGAGCAGGCACAGUGGCGCGACGAGAUGCUGCUUCUCAGAGCUGCUGUCCAACCUGUACUAGCGUGGGAAUGGGAAGACACUCCUGGAGGAGUCGACAGAGCAGGCAGACCAAGGAGUUCAUCUUCUCAGAGCUGCUGUCCAAACUGUACUCGCGUGGGAACGAGCAGACACUCCUGGAGGAGUCGGCAGAGCUGGCAGACCAACGAGUUCAUCUUCUCAGAGCUGCUGUCCAACCUGCACUCGCGUGGGAUCCAGAAGACACUCGUGCAGGAGUCGGCAGAGCAGGCACAAUGGCGCGACGAGUUGCUGCUUCUCAGACCUCCUGUCCAACCUGUACUUGCGUGGGAACGAGAAGACACUCCUGGAGGAGUCGGCAGAGCAGGCAGACCAAGGAGUUCAUCUUCUCAGAGCUGCUGUCCAAUCUGUACUCGCGUGGGAAUGAGAAGACACUCCUGCAGGAGUCGACAGAGCAGGCAGACCAAGGAGUUCAUCUUCUCAGAGCUGCUGUCCAAACUGUACUCGCGUGGGAACGAGCAGACACUCCUGGAGGAGUUGGCAGAGCAGGCAGACCAAGGAGUUCAUCUUCUCAGAGCUGCUGUCCAACCUGCACUCGCGUGGGAACCAGAAGACACUCGUGCAGGAGUCGGCAGAGCAGGCACAGUGGCGCGACGAGAUGCUGCUUCUCAGAGCUCCUGUCCAACCUGUACUUGCGUGGGAACAAGAAGACAUUCCUGGAGGAGUCAGUAGAGAAGGCAGACCAAGGAGUUCAUCUUCUCGGAGCCGCUGUCCAACCUGUACUCGCGUGGGAAUUAGUAGACACUCUGGAGGAGUUGGCAGAGCGGGCAGACCAAGGAGUUCAUCUUCUCGGAGCUACUCUCCAACAUGUACUCGCGUGGGAACGAGAAGACACUCCUGUAGGAGUCGACAGAGCAGGCCGACCAAGGAGUUCAUCUUCUCAGAGCUGCUGUCCAACCUGUACUCGCGUGGGAACGAGAAGACACUCGUGGAGUAGUUGGCAGAGCAGGCAGACCAAGGAGAUCAUCUUCUCAGCGCUGCUCUCCAACCUGUACUCGCGUGGGAAUGAGCAGACACUCCUGGAGGAGUCGGCAGAGCAGGCAGACCAAGGAAUUCAUCUUCUCAGAGCCGCUGUCCAACCUGUGCUCGCGUGGGAAUGAGAAGACACUCCUGGAGGAGUCGGCAGAGCAGGCACAGUGGCGCGACGAGAUGCUGCUUCUCAGAACUGCUGUCCAACUUGUACUCACGU